AUGGGCAUGGUCCCGUGUGCUAGGGAAGUGUUUAUGAUGGAAGUGGUGGACGUCAUCGGCAUCUUGGCCUGCUAUGUUCUUAUUGCCCUCUUCUACCUGCUGGCAUUUGCCGUGACCAUGUUGCGUAUUGAAGGCAAACUCUUUGGCCACGAGCCGUUGAAACUCAUCCGCGACGAGAUCCCUUGGCUUGACAAGGCAUGGUUUCUGUACACCUACGUGACACUCUUCUCGGUCAAGCUCCUGUUUAUGUUGGGCAUGGCCAUCUUCUUCCUUGUGCGCGACAUCGACCUAUACCGUCAAGCUCGGGCUCGCAACACCGAGGAUCAGGGAAGCCGAGCGCUUUCCGCGGUCUUCUUCGUACUCACCAUUUGUGGCAUGGCAGCGUAUGCCGUAUUUCUUCUGAUUGAAGCUUUUCGACCGGAAAAGAUCAGUGUCGAGGAUAAAAGCGAUGAAAAUGACGCUGAUAACGACCACCUAGCGCAAAUGGGAGCUCGACCAGCAUCUACCCGAUCUGCCUCAUCUUCUUCGUCUGCCUCAUCUUCUUCGUCUGCCUCUUCAAAGGCCUCGGUGGCCGUUUCUACGCGCACGGCUCUUGAACAAACUACAGAUUUCUCUCUCGACCUGAAUAUUCAAGAGACUAUGGUCGAUGAUGAACCAGCCUUGAACUUUAGAGGCGCCGGACCAGCCUUGAACUCGAAGGACACCGAACCAGCCCUGAGUUUCAAGAACGACGAGCCAGCCUUAAACUUGAAGAACGCCGCCCCAGCUCUGCACAAAAAGAAGAAUAAACGCUCAAAGAGCCAGCCCGACGCUCAAGCAAUGCCUCGUCCCUCGCCGAAAGCAGCAUCAUCACCGCUCUUGGCCCAGGGUGCAACCAGAUUCGAGGCGGAGGAAGUGGCAAUGCGACGGCAAGACUCACCACCGCUUGCUCGAAUGCGCGGGCGAGAGGCCGUCUUUGAUGCCGAUCCAAUCCUCGCCCCUCAUUUAGAAAAUGCCCACGACAUGAUGGCGCCUAUGUCGGCCCUGCCGGACGAAGCUGAAUCCGCACCGUCAUCCUUGCUGUUUUCUCCAGCAGCGCCACCGCCGCCGCCUCCUGCUGCCCCCGCUUGGGGUGUGAGUCAAUCGGCACCCAUGGGACGUAUGGCCGCGUUGAAUGAUUCCGAAGACUAUUCUGACGAAGAUGAUAAUGAUUCGUUUUCCAACUCCAAGACCAAUGCCUCUCAGCUUCCUGAUCAAGCUGACGAGUCGAGUAACGAUGACGUACGCGAGAACAAAUGCCGCCUCGUAUUCCAAAAACUCGAGGCAUCAGGAGCGACGGCACUCCUGCCGGAUCAGGCCACAAUAGUGUUGUACCUCACCACUCACCUGCCUGCAGCUCAUCUGGUUUUAACACCGGAUCAUGCCGUGGGCAUUGGAACGUUGGCGGGGCGCAUUGCCCUACCCGCCCUGCUGUUUCUGUCAAUGGCCACGCUGGACUUUGGAAAUGUCAAGUGGCCCUUUCUCGCCGCCAUUGCUCUGGGCAAGAUCAUUGUGGCCUUUUUCGUCUAUGUUAUGUCCCGGAUCUUUGACAAGUCAACACGCGCCAGCAGUGCAGCCGCCAGCUUGCGCGCCAUCUUCGCCACCCAGAGCAAUGACUUUGCCCUCGGGUUGCCCGUGCUACAAGCCCUCUUUCCGCAAGAAAUCGUGCAAUAUCUCUAUCUCGUGGCUCCCAUCUCCCUCAUCAUGAUCAACCCGCUGUGCUUUGUGGGCAUCGAGCUGGGUUUGGCCAAGGCUGGCUUGCGCCAGGAGUCGGGCGCCUCCAGCUGGGUGGCGUUCUUCAAGACACUCCGUAAUCCUGUCGUGUUUUGCACGCUCUUGGGCAUCAUUUUCAAUUUUAUCGUCGGUGGCAACCCGCCCGAUGCCAUGCGCUCCUUCUUGCAAACGCUGGGCAACGCCUUCUCCGCAGGCGCCCUUCUCAAUCUCGGUGCGGGCAUGGCGGGCAAAAUCAAGACGAUCAAGGGCAAGGCUUUGGUGGGACCGCUCCUCCUCGUGGGCGCCAAGACUUUGCUCCUGCCCAUCCUGAACGCAGUCCUCAUUUCGGCCUUUGAAGUGUCCGACGAGGUGGUGGACGGUACUGCCUAUAGCCUACAGCUCUUUGGCUUUCUUUUGGGCACCUUUCCCACAGCCCCCAGCGUGUUUUUGUAUGCCAGCGAGUUCGGCGUGCUUAUCAACGAAGCCACCACGGGGGUGAUCCUCUGCACGGCCAUCUCGGGCCCCCUUACCCUGGUUACGGCCCAGCUGGCCGAGUUGACGAUUUCAGGCACAGCUGAUUAUUUGUCCUUGCUGCAAAACACCUCGGAAAGCAUGGCCAUCGUCUCCAUGGUGGGUGCCAUGUGGCUGCUCAUCAUCUACCUCUAUUUGGGCCAGGUCGGGCCCCUCAACCGCCUCAACGUCGUACUCCUGGCCUGCUUGGCGCUGGUGUACUGCAUCACCGUCCAAACAUGCCGCGUAAACGUGCCGGCUGCCAACUCGAUUGUGCGCUACAUUGUGAUUCAAGCGGCCAUGAUAGCCAUUCGCCUUACUGUAAUGAUGAAUGGUAUCAGCCUUGCCGUCUUGCGCCGCCGCGGCAAGGAUGCCUGCGCACGCAUUCAGCGCCCGCUCCAGAUCAUCUCAGCGGUGGCGACGGCCCUUUUGACAGCUCUGGCUUAUGCCCGGUUGCGGGAUCCUACCAUGCGGCUUCAAGAAGAUACAUGCUGGAUUGUGUUGGACGGCAACACCUGGGCCGCUAUUCUGGAGCUGUUGGUUUCUUGCAUUGAGCUUUGUGCACUCCUGAUAGCCUUUGCCUGGAUGCAAAAGCCGCAAGAAGGGUUUUCUGAAGACCUGAACUACGUGUUGGGUGCCAAACCGUUCAGCAGUGAGCCACCCGUGGUCCUACAGAAUGAGGGCUACGUCGGGGUCAGCAGCGACGGCGACGGCGACGGCGACGGCAACAGCAAUCAUCUGUCCCUCUCACCAACCGCGGGUGAGUAUGUGGACACGGCGACCCUUGACACGCAUUCACAGGAGAACAAAGAGGCGGGCCCACGUGGUAGUGGCACUCUCAGUGAGGACCUCGUGCUGGACUUUGACGAUGACGAGGAGACAGAUCACGACCGAGACGACCUGCAGCUGGAUGCUCGUUAUUUGGCACAGUCCCGGCACCUGAUUUCAUAUCGCGAUCAACUCUUCAUGUUGGUGGAGUCACUCUGCGUGGCGCUGCAUGUCGGAGUGCAGCUUUGGAUGCUCAGCUCUGACUCGCGCGGCGGCACUUUUGCCCAAGUAUGGUCCCUCUCCCGCGUGCAGCGGCGGGUCAUGUUGCCACUCCUUCGAGCCAUACAAAAAUGGCGUGAUGUGCUACGGCGAAAGUUGAACAGCGAUGCCAAGGAGGUGUCCAUCAUGGUUCUUCCUCGUUCGGACUUGGAUCCAGCUAUUUUGGCGGCACUGGAGCGCUUUGAAACAGUCCAACAUGACUUUGAGCGGUCACACGUGCGCAACCGCCGGCACAAGCUGCGCACCUAUCCCAAGGUGUUUUUGGGUUCUGACUUUAUCACCUUUAUCGUACGCAAGGGUCUCGCGGGCGAACGGGAAGAGGCCUUGGCACUGGGUCGGCAGCUCAUGGUGGCAGGCUUGUUCCGCCACGUUCAUAGCGAUCAUUGGCUCGAAGACGACCGCCUCUACUACCGCUUCUGCGAGGAGGCACCACGCCCCUAA